UUCGUCAAGGGGCUGUCAAUCUAGGUGCCGGCAACAGUUAGGCUGCGGAUGGGGUAGGUUGGUCGUUCCUGGCUGAAUUUGGAGGUAAAAUGGCGCUGACUUCUCAAGGAACAAAGAAGAAAGUUUGUUAUUAUUAUGAUGGGGACGUUGGGAACUACUACUAUGGACAAGGGCAUCCAAUGAAGCCCCACAGAAUUCGUAUGACCCACAACCUGCUGCUCAACUACGGACUGUAUAGAAAGAUGGAAAUUUAUCGGCCACACAAGGCAAACGCAGAGGAAAUGACAAAGUACCACAGCGAUGACUAUAUAAAGUUCCUGAGGUCUAUCCGACCUGACAACAUGUCCGAGUACAGCAAGCAGAUGCAGAGAUUUAAUGUAGGAGAAGAUUGUCCUGUAUUUGAUGGUCUGUUUGAAUUCUGCCAGCUGUCCACUGGUGGAUCAGUAGCCGCAGCAGUAAAGCUAAACAAACAGCAGACAGACAUUGCUGUCAACUGGGCUGGAGGUCUGCAUCACGCCAAGAAAUCGGAAGCCUCUGGAUUUUGCUACGUUAAUGACAUUGUUUUAGCUGUCCUUGAGCUGUUGAAAUACCAUCAGAGAGUCUUGUACAUUGACAUUGAUAUCCACCAUGGAGACGGUGUAGAAGAAGCUUUCUAUACAACAGACCGUGUCAUGACUGUAUCGUUCCAUAAGUAUGGAGAGUACUUCCCAGGAACCGGAGACCUCAGAGAUAUUGGAGCAGGCAAGGGCAAGUACUAUGCUGUGAACUACCCACUCAGGGAUGGAAUAGAUGACGAAUCCUAUGAAGCCAUAUUCAAACCAAUCAUGUCUAAGGUGAUGGAGAUGUACCAGCCUAGUGCCAUUCUGCUACAGUGUGGCGCUGACUCGCUAUCCGGAGACAGACUGGGCUGCUUCAACUUGACCAUCAAAGGGCAUGCCAAGUGUGUGGAAUACAUGAAGAGCUUUAACCUGCCCUUGCUGAUGCUGGGAGGAGGAGGCUACACUAUUCGCAAUGUGGCCAGGUGUUGGACAUAUGAAACCGCUGUAGCUCUGGACACUGAAAUUCCAAACGAGCUGCCAUAUAAUGACUACUUCGAAUACUUUGGUCCUGAUUUUAAACUCCACAUCAGCCCUUCAAACAUGACAAACCAAAAUACUAAUGAUUAUCUGGAGAAGAUCAAGCAGCGUCUGUUUGAGAACCUGCGCAUGCUGCCCCAUGCCCCUGGCGUACAGAUGCAGGCCAUCCCAGAAGACGCCAUUCAGGGGGACAGCGGGGAGGAGGACGAGGAGGACCCAGACAAGCGCAUCUCCAUUCGUGCCCAUGAUAAGAGGAUAGCCUGUGAUGAAGAGUUCUCUGACUCCGAGGAUGAAGGGGAAGGAGGACGCAGGAAUGUUGCCAAUUACAAGAAGGCCAAGCGUGUCAAGACUGAGGAGGAGAAGGACGGCGAGGAGAAAAAAGAUGUAAAAGAGGAGGAAAAGGCAAAAGAAGAGAAAACAGAAGCAAAGGUGGCAAAAGAAGAUGCAAAGACGUCCUAGAAGAAGCCCAAGCCCAGGCUCCUCACCUGUUGCAUGACUUGCAUUAGUAUUUUAGAAACCCGUUUUAGAAUUCCAGUUUUUUAAUUAUUAUUGAAUGAACCAUGUAAAUUUUAUUUCUAAGCGCCUCUCAAUUGUGGUCUAGCACAACUGCCGGGGGGGUGGAUUUUAGACUGCAAGAUGGGACAGUGUCUAGUUUUAUACGCUAGUGGGUUCUGGAAUUUCAGUUUGGGUCAUCUGUGUUUGGUUUUAAUAUACUGUCAGUGUCUUUUUAUUUUGUUUUUAAACAUUUUUUUCUUCCUUCCUUUUUGUGACACUGAUGCGCAUAUUAUGGACCAGGGGUGUGAACCUUCAAAUGAAAUCUAUAGAGACAUUCAUAAAGUAGUUUUUAAAGUACAUUUUGGAAGUAGCUCCAGUAAAUUAAAUCAUGGCUAUUGCUGAAGAAUGAUGUGAUGAAGUCACAUAGAGGUGCAUUUUGUAUAUUGACCCUUCAUUUGUUUAGCGACGAAUGCUUUAUUUCUGAAGCAUUGCACUUAAGCUUAAAGUGGGAAUUAUAAUGAUGGCUGUGUUUGUCUUUGUUAAAUGCAACGUGAUGUAUAACAGAAGGACUUUAGUCUGGUAUCGGUCUAAUGAUGUGCAGAUUUGGAAACCAUUUACAGACACAAUAAUAAAUUGUGGGUUACAGACUGAACUUUCCUGGAUGGAUGUUCAGUUGAGUCUUGCUGACUCCUGGUAAUGUCUUUGUUCAGAAUGACUGGGCAGCAGCUGGCAAGUUCACUGUGGUGCUUGUACAAAUGCAGAAGAAGGACAUCCCAAGGGUGUCUGGUAAAAAAUUGAGCUUAGCAAUGAACUGUAAUAAUCUUGCUAACUAUUUAAAAUUGAGUUUAAUCCCUGAUCUGUGACGUGAAGAAACAUGUAAGUUAUUGAAUGCAGAACAGUGGCGUUCUUUCAGACUGUUUCAAGGGGGUGGGGGGUGGGGGGGAAGGGGAUACUGCGCUACUGAGAGUGAUGCUCUUUUCUGCGCACUGCUGAAGGUCCAAAUGCCCCAGAAUGUGCUGCUUGUGUGCAUCUCCAAGAAGCUCAGAUUGCAGCCUCUCAUCUGAAGAAUCUUAUUUUUUUUUUCUGUGUUUUGUUUUCUUCUUAAUCCUUAUUUCACGUUUUUUGAAAUCUUUGUAAUAAAAAGGUACAUUUCUACCCAA